AAUUGACUUGGAUUAAAGCUAUGGGUCUUCAUGUGGAAUCUUUAUCCAAGUCCCCACAUUUAUGCUCAUUGCACUUUUCAGAGAGCGAUUUUGAUCGUAGCUCUUUGAUGCGAACAAGGUUACAAGAAAGUGCCAUUCCAUUCCCAAAUAUAUUAGAAAAAUAUAUUGAAAAUACAAAAAAAGAUGAAAUUUUAUCAAUGCCAAGUACAUCAGUUAAUAUUUCAUUAUCAGAAUCUACGCAUAAUAAUGAUUUGAUUUCGAGCGCUUUAAAAGAUAAUGAAACUGAACCAAUGGAAACUUCCCAUCAUGUAUCGGACGAAAUACCAACGGAAAUUUCAUUCAGAACAUCUGUUUCUAAUGACGAAGUAACAUUGGAAUCAACAGUAAUUCAAACAUGUCACAGAAAAGGUGCUAGUGAUGAUAACGAAAUUACAUUAAAAAGAAACAAACAGUGUUCUACAUUUGAUCAUACUAAUCAGCGAUUAGAGGAUACACCAAGAAAAAAAUUUCUACGCCAAGCUUUAGUGAAUCAAAAAAAAUUUUAUCAGAUGCAGGUGCGAACAUUGAAACAGAAAAACAAGCGUCAAGCAAAACGAAUCGCACAUUUAAAUGUAAUAUUAAAAGAACUGAAACAGAAAAGAUUUCUUACAGACGAAUAUGCAGAUCUAUUGAAAACAAUUGACUUGGUUUCCUCAUCCAGUUACGAACGACAAAGUGUUUGUUUUUCCUGAUCCAUGUCAUAUGAUAAAGCUUGUUCGUAACUUGUUUGGAGACUUGAAAAUCAUAUUAGAUGGAUCAAAGCAACUUAUCAAAUGGCAGUACAUUACAGAACUACAUAACUUACAA